AUGUCUUCCUUCGCCCAGCACCUCACGCCCAUCUUCGGUCAGCCCGCGACGCACGAGACGUAUCUGGUAUUGAAGUCCUUGUACGAGGCCCAUCCAACCUCCCGCCACGUCGUAUCACUCGAGAAUCAAGAGCAGAGCUUCCCCCUCUUCUCGUAUCUUAAUUCCAUCGGCGUCGUCCAUGCCUUCUCCGAGCGCGACUCCACCGGCAGUCUGAAUGGAGACUCAUUCACGAUCCACACGUACCAGAACGCGACAAAGACGGUCGUGCCCCGCACUUUCAUGGGCAAGGCGACCUUCGAGUAUGAGGGCAUCGCCUUCACAGCCUUCAAAGCUGCCUGGCAGCAGGGUUUCCACGGAAGCGCCUUCUUCGCCGACUUGGUCUUUGACGCCGCGGAUGACGAGUCGGGGAAGCGUCUGGCCGCUGCUGUGUAUGCGUAUGCCGCUGAGCUUAAGAACGAGAUCUGGGUGUAUCACUCUGAGUGCUGGAACAAGGACAAGGACCUGUACGCAGCGAUCCAAGAGGCGAACUGGGACGACAUUGUGCUCGCGCCGGAGUUCAAGGAGAACCUGAAGCGCGAUAUGAUGCAGUUCUUCGACAGCAAGGCUAUCUACGAGUCACUCGGUAUCACCUGGAAGCGAGGUGUCUUGCUCCUUGGUAGUCCGGGUAACGGGAAGACGGAAUCGAUCAAAGCUCUGUUGAAGGAAUCGCCGUACCCCGCGCUCUACGUCAAGUCGUUCACCACCCAGCGUGGACCUGAAGCUGGAGUUCGCAGUAUCUUCGCGCAUGCACGCAAGCACGCCCCUUGCAUCUUGGUCAUCGAGGACCUAGACGCAAUGGUCACUCCUGCAGUCCGAAGCUUCUUCUUGAACGAGCUUGACGGUAUCGCAGCCAAUCAUGGCAUUCUGACCAUUUCCACUACCAAUCACCCCGAGCGCAUCGACGACGCCAUCGUCAACAGGCCAUCUCGCUUCGACGUGAAGUACACUUACGCACUUCCCGACGCGGAGCUGCGCUAUGCGUUCGCUGAGAAGUGGAUCGGUAAGGUCGCCAUAGCCUCUGGAGAAGGAGACAAGCCCAAGAUCCAAUUCACGAACACUGUUGAUGAAGUGGCGAAGAAGGUCGCUGGAGCUACGGAAGGCUUCAGCUUCGCCUUCUUGAAAGAGCUGUUCUUGUCAUUCUUACUGGCGUACGCGCAUGCGCAAGCGGCAGGGAAGACACCGGAGGGUCCUGAGGACAUGCUCAUGAAGCAGAUCGAGUUCCUCUCCACGCAGAUGAUCAAGACAAAGUCCGAUGAGGAGAUAUCAAAGGACGAGGAUGGAGGAAUGCGCAUGUUCCGCGGGCGGAUGGCGAUGGCGAACCCCAUCUCAGCCCAGGCGAUGUUGGGCGUGUAG